UCUCUAAGUUGCACCUUCCACAUGUCUAAAACCAUACACGCCAUUGAAUUUCCACAAUGCAUAUAUGUUGUCUAGUCUAUAAAUACUAAGAUUGACGUAGUAAAGAGUAAGAAGGAAACUAGUGUUAACUCCUAGGAAAACACAAAGAAGAGAACAUUAUAUAUGGAGGACAAGAAAAACCAGAUGAAAAAGUCUUCAUCUUUAUCAUUGCCAUCGCCUGAAAAUGGUAGCUAUGAUGAGGAAAAACAAAGCUGCGGCAGUGAUUCUCCGUCGAAAACAAGCAGGAGAAAACCUGGUGGAUGGAGGGCUAUGCCUUAUGUUCUAGGAAAUGAGACAUUUGAGAGAUUAGCAUCAGUAGGGCUAUUGGCAAACUUCAUGCAGUUUUUAUUAACAGUGUUUCAUAUGGAUCAAGUGUCUGCUUCAAAUGUUCUAAAUAUAUGGUCUGGUGUUACUAAUUUCAUACCAUUGCUCGGUGCUUUCAUUUCCGAUGCAUAUAUCGGUCGAUUUUGGACUAUUGCUUUUGCCUCCGUUUUCGAAAUGUUGGGAAUGCUGACAUUGACCUUCAUACCUUGGUUACCUCAGCUACACCCCACUCCCUGCAAUCCACAAGUGGGCCAACAAUGCAAGGGCCCAAAUAAAUCACAAUUGGGCUUUUUAGUAAUGGGCCUAGGAUUUUUGUCCAUUGGGUCUGGUGGAAUAAGGCCCUGUAGUAUCCCAUUUGGUGUUGACCAAUUUGAUUCAACAACUGAUGAAGGAAGAAAAGGAAUUGCUAGCUUCUUUAAUUGGUAUUACACUUCAUUUACAGUGGUUCUGAUCAUUGCACUUACUCUAGUGGUAUACAUUCAAGAUUCUGCGAGUUGGGUAAUAGGUUUUGGUAUUCCUACAGUGCUCAUGUUCUUGUCUCUCAUUCUAUUUUUUAUCGGGACGCGAGUAUACGUUUAUGUGAAGCCCGAAGAAAGUAUUUUCUCUAGCAUUGUUCAGGUUUUUGUUGCGAUGCACAAAAAACGUAAGCUUAAGCUUCCAGAUGAGAGGGAAAGUAACGGGGUUUUCUAUGAUCCCCCGUUACCCAAAGGGUCCAUUGUGAAGAAACUCCCUUUAACCAAUAAGUACAGGUCUUUGAAUAAAGCAGCUAUGGUGAUGGAGGGUGAAAUUAAUACUGAUGGUACUCCUACAAAUACCUGGAGAUUAUGCAGUAUCCAACAAAUAGAAGAAGUAAAAUGUCUUCUCAAAAUAAUUCCAGUUUGGGCAACAGGUAUCAUAUGUUUCACAGCCAUGGCACAACAAGGCACAUUUACAGUGUCACAAGCUCUAAAAAUGGACCGUCAUCUCGGCCCCAAAUUUCAAAUCCCAGCGGGUACACUCUCUGUUAUAUCGAUGAUCACAAUAGGUAUAUGGUUACCAAUCUACGACCGACUAAUCGUUCCAUCCAUUAGAAAAAUCACAAGAAUUGAAGGCGGAAUCACAUUGUUACAAAGAAUUGGAAUUGGGAUGAUUUUUUCAAUUUUGUCUAUGGUUGUAGCAGGACAAAUUGAAAAAGUGAGAAGAAAUUCAGCUAUAAUGCAUGGUAGUGCAGAUGGAAUUGCACCUAUUACAGUAUUGUGGUUAGCUCCACAAUUAAUACUAAUGGGAUUUGCUGAGGCUUUUAACAUUAUUGGCCAAAUUGAGUUUUACAACAAGGAAUUUCCUGAAAAUAUGAGCAGUGUGGCUAAUUCUUUGUUUUCUUGCACAGUGGCUGGGGCAAGUUAUUUAAGCAGUUUUUUGGUAAACAUUUUGCAUAAUACUACAGGGGGACAUGGACAUCCAGAUUGGUUAACAAAGGAUAUUAAUCAAGGUAGAGUUGAGAAUUAUUACUACCUAAUUGCAGGAUUAGGAGUAUUAAACUUGUUCUGGUUCAUAUACGUUGCUCGUCGAUAUCAGUAUAAGACUAGAUUAGAAGUUGAUGAUGGAAUUAAGUCUUAUUCUGAGGUUCAUGAACUUCAAGACAUGAAGUAUUAAGCCUACUUGAUUAGUAUAUGGUAGUAGUUAAUUAUAGGUUAUGCCUAAGUUUACUUAUUGGAGAAGUUCAGAUGUUAUAUUUGAGUCAAGCAUAUAUCAACAUGUACAUAUACGAGAAUAAAGAAUGGAAAUUGAUCUACUUAUUAAAAAGUAUGAUCUAUUUUUGGCAUA